AUUGAUACACCAAAAACAGACAAAGUCAAUCAAAACUCCCAACAGCAAACAGCAAACAAAAAACAAAACAUGCGCGUGCUUUGAUUUUACUUUCGAAACGAAAGAAAUGCCGGGAAACUAUCUGUAGCAAAACCCUCCCACCCAAAGGCAAUGACUUUCAAAUAUUCCAAAACCAUUAACGCACUCCACGAAGAUGAUCUUUGUGUAGCUCUUUCCCCAACUAACUGUCUCGCAACUGGCUUAAAUCGAUGGAAAAUUGCAAAUUUUCAGCCGGAAAAUUGGGAAUCAAUAUGGUUGGUAGUUGCAUUUGAUUCAUUUGCAAAUCUUCAAGCAGGAUGAAAGCUUGUUUUAUUUGGUGCUGCUGUAUCUGCUUUAUUCUGCUGUCGGUUUGUCACGCUCAGAGCUCAAACCUCACUCGCAUACAUCGACUCAAACGCGCUCUGCUGUCUAUGGAUCGGAGAAGAUGUACCCGAAAUAGCUACUUGACUGCCAACAAUCGCUGUCGCAAGUUGAAUGGCAUAAUAAAGAGGCAACAAAGAUCCACAGCUGUUCACACAUCGAUGGCUGAUCACAAUAAAUGAAAAAGAUUUCAAGCUGCGAGUAUAUAUGCUGACAUCCAGGACACACAAACACUCACUCAGCAUGUCAAUCAUCUGCAAGUUGUCUCUGCUCAUCGCUCUGCUGGGUGGAGCUGUGGCUCAGACCAGGAACUGCUCCAACACGUGCAUAUCCAAUGUACGCUGCUCGCCCUACUUCAGGGAUCUUGUCUGGACAUUGGAGGCUGGCGCAUGUCGCGUCUAUCAGAAUGGUUGCAUCUUUGGAAACGAGAACUGCUCGAGGGCCAAUCAAUGCUUGCCACCUCUGGUUGCCACUUCGCAGGCGAAGUGUAAGGAGUUCUGCCGGAGACGCUGCCCCCGUGCGGGUUUAAAAGUUUGUGGCUGGUUCCCGUACAGCGACACCGCCGGUCGUUACGUGUCCUACCCGAAUCGUUGUCUGAUGGAUCAAUAUGCCUGCCAGCAUGCUCAAGCCUAUGUGGGCGAACCAACCCUGGGACAGUGCCCCCGCAACACGUUGGCCUUUUGAAACAAAAAUCAAGUAGAAGUUUUGGAAAUUAUUAAGAUCAGAUAGGAGUAUAUCAAUAAUUAUAUCUAUUCACAAUAAUUUCUAUAAUUAUUGAAACAAUUUUUAUGGCUAAGUAAACUUUGUUCAUCAACGACUGACGAAUACCGAUAAUUAUAUAUUUCCUAAAUUUGAAUUAAAUUCAAUUAAAUAGA